CCCUUCCGAGCUCACUGCGUACGGUAGGUUAGAAGAUAAUAGGCUCGAGAAUUUCUUCCAUGUUGCUCCGGCUGAAGAUUGUUACCGUCCAGCCGGUGGCGCUGCUUCCUGGGCACGACCAUGGCGCCACCGCACCUCGGCGGCGGCUCGCCGGAGCUCUUCCGCGAGUCGGCGGCCUGUCGCCGUUGGCGACGACGAGCAGGGUGAGGAGCCUCACGGUGGCGAUGGCGCUGAAGGAGGAGGAGCCGGAGAGCAGCCGCAGCCGCUUUGCGGGCGGAGCUGCGAGCUGGGACCCCGGGAUGGAGAUCGGAGUCCCCUACGAGCAAAGGCCGGUUAACGAGUACUCCGCUCUCAAAGAAAGUAGCCUCUACUCGUGGGCAGAGCUGAGUCCAGGCUCCUUCUUCCUGCGCCUAGGCAGCCUGUGCUUGGUCACAUUUACAGUUCUGGCGGCACCAAUCUCAGCCGCAAGUUUCAGUCCAGCAAAGGAUCCUCUCAAGUUUGUGUUAGCUGCUGGGAUAGGGACUCUGCUCCUGGUGUCUCUGGUGGUUCUCAGGAUCUAUUUGGGAUGGAGUUACGUUGGAGACAGGCUGCUGUCGGCAGUUGUGCCAUAUGAAGAAACCGGAUGGUACGACGGCCAGAUGUGGGUCAAGCCACCCGAGGUGCUGGCUCGCGACAGGCUCUUGGGAUCUUACAAGGUUAAGCCGGUGAUCAACCUGCUGAAGCAGACACUGGUGGGCACUGGCGCGCUGCUCGUCGGGGCGGUGUCCCUAUUUGCCUUCGCCGCCCCCGUCCAGGACUACGUCCACUCCUUCAACGCAUCCCCAACUGCUGCGUCCUCCAAGUCCAAGCCGAGCAUGAGGAGAGAGGAGCUGCUGAGGCUGCCUGCGGAGGUGAGGCAAGAUGAUGACCUCGCCGCGGCUGCUGCGGAGGCUGCCGACGGACGGCCGGUUUACUGCAGGGACCGCUACUACAGGGCGCUCGCAGGCGGGCAGUACUGCACCUCAGACGAUCUGCUCAACUGAUCAUAGGGCUGAUAUACAUAUUCUGAUAUAUGCAAUUUGCUAUAUUGAUAUAAUAUGCAACAGAUAAGCAAAUGUAAUCUUAUCAGAAUGAAAUUUUGGGACGGUCCAUGUUAUUAUGUACUA